AUGUCCAAAAGCACCAACACGUCCUUUCAAGCCCACGACGAGCGAUUCAACGCAACUAACCGUGACUACCCUUUCGCCAAGGAGGCAGGCAUCUACAAUCCUAUAACGAACGACCUUUUCAUCGCCAGCAACCGAUGUAUCGACCCAAAUGGAAUCCAAAAAGUGCACAUCACCCGUGUCAAUCUGAGCCAAGAUCAAGUCACCCGCGAGCAAAUUCCCACCAAAAUCCCCAUGGCCAAUGGAGGCAUUAACUACGGCAAGCACCACAUGCUCUUUUGCGCACAAGGGUCUAUGACUGAACCGAGCGGAUUAUACCGCAUGUCUAUGGCAGCCCCGUAUGAAUCGGAACUUCUGAAACAGGACUUCUUUGGCCGGCCGUUUAAUUCUGUCAAAGACGUGGUAGUGCAUGCGGAUGGCUCGGUCUGGUUCGCGGAUCCUAUUUACGGCUAUGAGCAGGAAUAUCGGCCGACGCCGUGCUUACCCAAUCAGGUAUACUGGUGGUGUCCGAAUAAUGAAUGCAUUAAGGCUAUGGCAGAUAGGUCUGAGUGGCCGAAUGGUAUCUGUUUCUCGCCCGAUGAGAAGGUUGUAUAUAUCACGGAUACUGACCGGGUUCAUGGCGACGACGGGACGAUUGAUAACCAGCGAGUAUCUUCAAUUUGCGCCUUUGAUUUAUCUAUAUCUCACGGAGAGCCGUGUCUCACAAAUUGUCGGGUCUUUGCUAUGGCAGACCAGGGGAUCCCAGACGGAAUCAAAUGCGACCUCAGCGGGAAUGUCUAUAGUGGCUGUGGGGAUGGGAUAAAUAUCUGGUCCCCGAGGGGCACUCUCUUGGGUCGUAUUCUAAUUGGUGGUGGAGUCGCGAACUUUUGUCUUGGGAGAAAUGGGGAAAUUUUUGCCCUCUGUAAGCACCGACUGUGGGGAGUUCAACUUGGAACAAGAGUAAAGGGAGUAUUGCUUGGAAUAUAGACCUUUCAGGCAAUUAAAAAAGCAUUUCUCGCACAAAGAUACCAAAUUAGUAGGAGAAUACUACACGGACACUCUUUUGGCUGCUGCGACUUUGGCAGGCUCAAUGCUUUCCCAAAGCUGCUGUAACUCAACUCCCAAAGAUUUAACUGGCCAGCCAGUUCGCUCUCGGCAGGACUCUAACAGUUCCAAGAUAGCUUCUCGGGCAUGAUUCCCUUGCGUAAAGAUUCCCGCUAUGCCUUAAUUAGCCCACCUUGUCUAGAUAGAUCACAACAUAUC